AUGGACUCAAGAAGACGGUCUGUAAUGCAACCAUCACUUGACCCUCUUUCCAACGCACGGUCGGGAAUUCCGAUGCCUUCUACCAUCAAGAAAGCUUCUACUUCAUCCAACCAUAGAAUGUCGCUCGCAGGACCAGCCCUCCGCGCCCCCGUCCCUCCUGUUCCAAAUACCAAUCCACGACAGUCUAUGAUGAGAUCCCAGAAUGUCAAUACAUUACUGCAAAGUACGAGUAAGCCACAAUAUGGCCGCACUCCAAUGUCAACCUCAGUCCGUCGAGGAUCUACUUGGGGAGGUGGUGGCGGACAAAUGGGCCCUCCUUCAUCUCUUACACUCCUGAAAGACAACCGCCCGUUACGGGACAAGGCCUAUCAAGCGAGGAUGCGGCAGGAUGUUUACAAUUACCUGAAUGAUUCAGGUUUCGAAAUUUCAAUGCAAGCGCUAACCAGUCCGCAAGGCAAAGAAUACCGCGCCAUUUUCGAUACCCUGGUCCUCACACUGGAUCCGAGUCACCCGCUGAAAGAGGACGCUCGAUUUGAAGACGAAUUCAUUCCAGUUUUGAAGGCGUUGAGGUAUCCAUAUGCCCAUCAAAUUGAUACAAAAUGGCUGGUGGCGGUGGCUAGCUCAUAUUCUUGGCCACAUCUCCUCGGCGUGUUGCACUGGUUAGUUGAAUUAUGCAAGAUGCGUACUGACUACCUUGUCAGCGGCCAUCCUACAAUUCAAGACCCUGCAAACAUUCCCGAAGAGUUUGACGAUCCGUAUGAUCAUAAAGCUCUGGCAUUCCAAUAUCAAGAAGAAGCGUACACUAUGUGGCUGGAUCGUCACGAUGAAUUUACGAAAUGGGAUCAGAUCAUGGAAGAGCGCUAUCAAAAAAGGAACGAACGUAUUCAGGCAGAAUUAGAUGAACAGACCGAAAAGCUGAAUCUGGCGAAGGCCGAAUACAAUAAACUCAAGGCCUCGGCUACUCAAGUUGCGGAUUUGGUAACACGGAACGAACAGUUACAGAAAGAUUGUGGGAAGCUUAAAAAGAUACUUGAACGAUACGAAGUUCGGCGCGACAAACUAAUUGAACAGAUCGCGUUCGAGAAAGCGGAAUUGAACAGAGGAGCCGAGAUAUUGAACGAGCUGAAAGCAGAACUAAACAAACUCACUGAGACAGUCAAGGCUCAGAAUCUGACGCCAGAAGAAGUCAUCAAGAUGAACACAGAUCGCGAAAUGCUAACACGAAAUCUCGAAGACCUUAAGCAAAAGAUAGCGGAAACACACAAGACGGUUAUGUCCUUGGAAGUCAAAGUCACAAAUCGCGCCGCCGCAGUAGAAGAAGCACUUGAUGCAUACACCAAUCUGCUUUCAUCACUAGGCCUUUUUCCAAAUCCCCCGGAGCCUUGGCAAGAUGUAGAUCUGACUUUGGAACUCAAUUCAGCAUCAUCCAAUCCUCAACAACUGCUUGUCGGUUUAGAUAUUCGGAAGGUCAUCCGGCCUACGCUUAGUAGUGUAGCAGAGGCUAAGCGUCUGGAACGAGCGGCUCUAGAAAACGAAUCUGUCAAGGUCAGCAACGAGCUUGACCAAUACACUACCGAAUGCAAAAAUUUGGACUAUGAACUGUGUGAAUUGGAGAAGAAGGCCAGCAACCUGAAUGAUCAGGCCGACGACCUCCGAGACGCCUCACAACAAGAAGCCCAGGUUGCGAGCGCAGAAGCCGCACGAUUAGAGCGCGAACUAGCUGCAGCCAGAAAUGCCGCGAUUUCGAACGGUCUAGGCGUCAAAUCACGAUUACAGGCUCUUCAGUUUAGUUAUCAAGAGCAGAUAGAGAAGGUUAAUCGGUUGAAGGAGGACACCGUUCGAGCUAUCUUGAAGAAUAGUCAAGAAAUUGCCAACUUCAAGCAAGAGGUUUCCCGACAUCUUCAAGAGUUGCGCGAAUUUACUGAAGCUGAAUAA